CCUCAAAUAACCCACAAGAGAACUUCACAACCUGUCUCACCCCCAACAAAAACCAAGACAAAAACAAGAAAAACUUCACACUUUGAAUAGCCAUUCGAGCUUCUAAAAGGAAAAUGGCUAGCAUUCGAGCAUCAAAUGUGGUCCCUUCAUCAUUUCCCUCAUCUUCUUCGCGUUGCCGGCGAGAAAUCAUGACCGUUAGAGCUACUAUUAACAUGCCGAAGCUUCGAAAUGGUAGUACCCUCUCUCAUCCCAAGCUAACCACCAUAGGUUUGGUGGAGGAGUUGCAAUUGAGGAAUGGUUACAAAAACACAACCACCACCCAAUUCGAAAAGCUUUCUCCCUCUCCUAAGGCGUCCGAUCCCAUGGCGAUAGAGAAGCUAUACGCCAUGAUGGAGGCUGUUGCCGAUAGAGUGGAGAUGCAUAAGAAUAUAGGAGAGCAGAGAAACAACUGGAAUAACCUACUUUUAACCUCCAUCAACUCAAUCACUCUAACAGCGUCACUAAUGACCGGAGUUGCAGCUAUGGGGGCAGGCGGGGCUCCUCUUGUGGCUCUUAAGCUCUCUUCUACUCUGUUGUAUUUGGCGGCUACGGGAAUGUUGUUGGUCGUGAACAAGAUUCAACCGUCGCAACUUGCAGAGGAGCAGAGAAACGCUGUGAGGUUGUUUAAGCAGCUUUACGAAGAGAUUCGCACGACUGUUAGCAUCGGUGCUCCAAAUUUGAAUGACGUAAAAGAGGCGACGGCCAAAGUUCUAGCACUUGACAGGGCAUACCCGCUUCCUCUGCUGGGUGUGAUGCUCGAGAAAUUUCCAAAAACCGUGGAGCCCGCUGUCUGGUGGGCCCCACUACAGAAUCGGAAGGCAAAAGGUCUCGGUGGGAGAAAAAAUGGGAACGGUUGGAAUGGCGAGCUAGAGGGGGAAAUGAGAGAGUUAGUUACGGUUUUGAACAGGAAAGAUAAGGAAGAUUACUUGGGGUUGGGUAAGAAAAUCUUGAAACUGAACAAAAUCUUAGCCAUUUCUGGCCCUUUGUUGACCGGACUUGCUGCUUUCGGCUCUGCUUUUGCGGGCCAUGGACCGUGGGCUGUGGUUCUUGGGGUCGUUGCCGGGGCAUUGUCGACCGUCGUGAACGCAGUCGAGCACGGUGGACAAGUUGGGAUGGUGUUUGAGAUGUACAGGAGCAAUGCCGGUUUCUUUGAGCUCAUGCAAGAGUCCAUAGAAUCAAAUUUGAAGGAGAGAGAAGUGGAGAGGAGAGAGAAUGGGGAGUUGUUUGAAAUGAAAGUGGCUUUGCAGCUGGGAAGGAGCCUAUCUGAACUAAGGGAUCUAACAGCUUCUUCUUCCAUAAAAGGGGAGGCAAACCAUGAGUUUGCAAGCAAACUUUUCUAAUUUUUGGAAUUUAACUGUACAAAUUUGUAUGUAUGACUAAAUUUAGGAGUUGAAUUGUAAAUUUGUCUACAUAUUGACCGAUGAUAGGAUUCAU